CUUCGCCUUCUGCUCCAGCAUCGGUUCUGGCCCAGCUCCGGCCCCCUUCCAGCGCCAGAUCUAGCUUUCGGCCUCUGGUUCGCUUUGGGCCCCUGCUCCAGCUCUAACUCCCAGAUCGAGUACCCGGCCCCCACGCCAUGGCUAGUUCCUUCUCCCGAUUAUUCUCUGCCCGCCCAGGACUCAGGCUUCUUGCUGUGGCCGGCGCAGGGUCUCUGGCUGCUGGGUAUCUGCUCCGCCCGGACCCACUACGAGCCGCUGGCGAUCGAAGAAGGCUGUACCCACCCAGGUAUCAGCCCAUGGGACACAUUCCUGGAGACCUUAAGGCUAUGCUUGGUUUCUGUCCCGUUUCCCCUAUGAUGACUCCUGUACCCCUCCUCAGUGCAGAGUACCCUGACCUUCGAAAACAUAACAACUGUAUGGCUAGUCACCUGACUCCAGCUGUUUAUGCCCGGCUCUGCGACAAGACCACGCCCACAGGAUGGACACUAGACCAGUGUAUCCAGACUGGUGUGGACAAUCCUGGUCACCCUUUCAUCAAGACUGUGGGCAUGGUAGCUGGAGAUGAAGAGACCUAUGAGGUAUUUGCUGAGCUUUUUGACCCUGUGAUCCAAGAAAGACAUAAUGGCUAUGAUCCCCGAACAAUGAAGCAUACCACAGACUUGGAUGCCAGCAAGAUUCGAGCAGGCCACUUUGAUGAGAGGUAUGUAUUAUCCUCAAGAGUCCGGACUGGCCGAAGCAUCAGGGGACUCAGUCUACCCCCUGCCUGUACAAGGGCUGAGCGACGGGAAGUGGAACGAGUUGUAGUGGAAGCACUGAGUGGCCUGCAGGGUGACCUGGCUGGACGAUAUUACCGGCUCAGCGAGAUGACUGAGGCUGAGCAACAGCAGCUUAUUGAUGACCACUUCCUAUUUGACAAGCCUGUGUCUCCCUUGCUGACAGCAGCAGGAAUGGCCCGAGACUGGCCAGAUGCUCGAGGAAUAUGGCACAACAAUGAAAAAAGCUUCUUGAUCUGGGUGAAUGAGGAGGAUCACACACGGGUCAUCUCAAUGGAAAAGGGUGGCAACAUGAAAAGAGUGUUCGAGAGAUUCUGCCGGGGGCUCAAGGAGGUGGAACGUCUAAUCCAAGAACGUGGCUGGGAGUUCAUGUGGAAUGAGCGUUUGGGUUACAUCCUGACUUGCCCUUCUAAUUUGGGAACUGGACUUCGAGCAGGCGUACAUGUCAAACUGCCCCUGUUAAGCAAGGACAGUCGAUUCGCCAAGAUCUUAGAGAACCUAAGGCUACAAAAACGUGGAACUGGUGGGGUGGACACAGCAGCCACAGGCAGCACUUUUGACAUUUCCAACUUGGAUCGGCUAGGCAAAUCAGAGGUGGAGCUGGUGCAGCUUGUCAUUGAUGGGGUCAACUACCUGAUUGACUGUGAGCGGCGGCUAGAGAGAGGACAAGACAUCCGUGUGCCUGCACCCAUUGUCAACACCAAGAAUUAACUUUCCAACUGCCCAUAGAUCCUCCCAAGCUCUCAGCCAAUUAUUCAGCCAAUACCCUCUCCUGCCAACUGUGAAUCUGACCCUUGACCCAGUAAAACCCACUUGUUAUGC